AAGAGCAUCGACUGGCAUAACAUGCCUGACUUUUUUAUUCACAACUUUGCAUCAGACACUGCAGGAGCCAUAGUGGAGAUGAUUAAGAAAGAACCCCAGGACUCUCUCUCCAGCACCAUACGGCUCCAGGCCAUGGCCAUCAUUAUCGAGCUGAGCAAAAAGCAUGUGGUGAAGGCCAUGGGCUCCCACCAGAGAUGGGUCCUGCUGAGAACAUUCCUCAAGAGCGUGUUUUCCCUGCCACUUCUAAUGACAUUGCAGGUGCAAGGAGUAAUCAGGGGUAUAAGCGGCCAGUACACAAAGGUUCUCUUCAUUGAAACAUUGCAGACCCUCAACGAGAUGCUCCAGAGUCUGAUUUUAGAAAAUCCAGUUCCGGCUGAGCUAGAGAGGAUCUUGCAGCUCAUGGACUCCUGGAUGCAGUCCAGGGAAGCUUGCCGGUGGGAGAGGGCUGUAUGGAGCAGCAUAAUGCUCCUAAACUUCGUGGCCACAGAAGUCAAACUGGAUUUGCACAGUUGGACAGAAAGAAUGUGGAAUGGACUGAACAGAGGAACAAGGAAUUUCUGGCUGCUUGGAGCCCCACUGUGGUUUGCAACAGCCCCUCCAGGAUCGCAGAGCUCUUUGGAGUCUAUUUCAACCCAAGAGAGAGGACAGAUUUCAUUCUGACUGUUAUGGAUGGCCUGACGAAUCACUGCAAUAAUAACUGCCAGCCAACUGCAGAGGGAUUGCUGUCUGCCAUGGUGAACAGCGGUGGGACUAAGGUGGAGAAGGCAGCAGACCUUGUGGCUGGGGUUUGCAGCCGGUUGGAUUCAGUCCAGCAUCCCAGCUCCAGGACCCUAAUGAAGAAGUUAGUGGCCCUGCUGGCUGGCGAGGCGGAGCAUCUGGACACAGUGAUCUCAUGCCUUCUGGACUACUCCUUCCCUACAGACAGCAAUGCGGCCAAGCUAUGGCAGUUCCUAUCUGCUGACCCGACCCUCGGAGGACAGGUGAUGGAGAACCUGGUUGU